AUGUCGCGAAUAAGGGUACAUCCAGGUGACUCCCUCUCUCAUCGGGAGGCGGAAGAAGGUGUUGGUCAGGGUGAGCCGGUAUUCUGCGCAGGUUCGAAGGACGAGCAGGCCAUUGUCAUUGAAACCAUCGAGACCAUGGGGACCCAGCAUUCCUGUCUGAGCAGCAUGGUCUGCACCAACGCGGGCGUUGAAGUCAUCAAGGACAAUCAGCCUAUCCGCCUUCGGCACAGACGCCAGGAGGGCGUGCAGGUCCUCGUAGGAUUUCUUCUUCACCUCGUUGGGGCUGGUCAUCGGCGGAACCUAGAAACUGGCGAUGAUGGCGAAUUUGCUUUCCAGGAGAGGCAGACGGAGGCUCAUCAGGCGAUCGUUGGCAACCUGCGGCAGACGGGACAGUCGUCCCACGAUGUCAUUCCGGAUGGCAAAGGCGACGCCCGCGUCCCGUCGCUUUGUUCUGGAGCGACCGCUCCAGAAGAAGGUGUAGUCGGCACCCACCUCCAGUCGGCCUUGUUCGGAGAACCGGAUCUCACCGAGUGUAGCGAUGUUCACUUUAUAACGCGCCAGUUCCUGAGCUAA